ACGCGAUAAUCGUGAUAAUUAUCGUGACAACUACGAUAAUGAGAAUCGUGAUAAUCGUCGUCGUGGAGGAGGUCGCGGUGGUAAUUUGGUCAACCUUGACGAUCAAAGCGCUUUUCCAAGUCUUGGUGCUGCAUAG